UUAACCUUUUCCAUCCCCCACGCACGCACUCCCUCGAGAUCAGAUCUCUUCCUAGUUCCUAUCGCCUCCCUUCUGCUUUUCUGGGUACGGCGUGGGGUUGUCUUGUUUGGUGUCUUCUGCGCCAGCCUUUGUGGCUUCGCAUCGUGGCUUUACUCGGCGGCUCCUCGAAUUCCUCGGAUCGCAACCUGCUCUGCUCUGCUUCUUUUCUCCAGCAAAUCAAAUCAAUCCGUUCCCCUCUUCCCCCAAAAAUUCCGGCUUCUAGAUUCACAUACCCCACAACCCCAAACCCCCAUUAAACAAUUCCCACGCCUUUUUUGACACCUUUUACCCGAUCGCCCCGAGCUAUAUAAAAUCCAUCGCCGCCUGCUCCGCUCGGCUCAUCAUUCUCAUUCGCUCUCUCUGUUUUCGUCCUCAAGAAUGCCGAUCCUGACGCCCCAUCAACCGGCUGCGAAUUCCCCAGAUCCCAAGGCUCUCAUCCCGGGGCUCCCCGACGACGUAGCGGAGCUCUGCCUCGUUCACCUACCCUACCCAUAUCAGGCCCUGGCCCGCUCCGUGUCCUCUUCCUGGAACAGAGUCCUCCGAGACCCCGGCUUCCUCCUCUCCAGGACGUCCCUCUCCCUCUCCCCUUUCCUCUUCGUCUUCGCCUUCCACGAGACCACCUCCAGGAUCCAGUGGCAAGCCCUCGACCCCCGUUCGGGUCGCUGGUUCGUCCUGCCCCCCAUGCCCUGCCCCAAGUCCGCCUUCCCGCCCGCCUUCGCCUGCGCCGCCAUGCCCCGCCAGGGCAAGCUGUUCGUCCUCGGCGGCAUGCGCUCCGACACCGAGUCCCCCAUGCGGACCGCCGUCGUCUACCAGGCCUCCACGCAACCAGUGGUCCACCCUGCCCCGAUGCGGAACCCGCGGGCGUUCUUCGCGGCCGGGGUCGUCGGCGAGGGCGGCGGCGGCGGCGGCGGCGGGAGGAUCGUGGUCGCCGGCGGGAGCGGCCCGGACCUGUCCAGCUCGACGGCGGCCGUGGAGUGCUACGACCCGAGGGAGGACGCGUGGCGGGAGGCGGCGGGGAUGGUAGGGAAGGGGAUGGUGAGGUACGACUCGGCGGUGGUGGCGGGGAGGAUGUACGUGACGGAGGGGUGGACGUGGCCGUUCAUGUUCACGCAGGGGUCGGCGUACGACGCGGAGGGGGACAGGUGGCGGGAGAUGGGGGUGGGGAUGAGGGACGGGUGGACGGGGCUGAGCGUGGUGGUCGGAGAGCGGCUGUUCGUGAUAUCGGAGCACGGGGACCACCAGCUGAAGGUGUACGACCCCGAGGAGGACACGUGGAGGUACGUGGGAGGGGAUAAAUUCCCCCGCGAGAAGGUGCACAAGCCUUUCGCUGCGAGCGCCGUGGAGGAGAAAGAGGAGGCGCUGGAAGGGGUGAUCUACGUGGUGGGGAGCGGGCUCCACGUGGGGGUCGGCCGGGUUCGGGUCGGCGAGGACGGCGGGUUUCGGGUGGAGUGGCGAGUGCUGGCUGCUCCCGAAGCUUUUCAAGAUCUGUCUCCUUGUAAUUGUCAGGUGCUUUACGCCUGAACGCCAAGAUUUCUAAAAUGAAUAAAGUUGGUUUAAAUUAUAUUACGUUGCGUGUCGCUACCCUGUGAUCAAUAAUUUAAAGCCAGGAGGAUACCUCCUCUUUGUUUUUC